AUGCAUCGCUGGGCUAAGAAAAUACAUUGUUAUUGGAUAAAUGAAUAUCUUCCAUUGGAUAGUAACGAAGUUACAGACGAAGAAUUAUCAGAAGAUGAAGAUACGAAUAUUAUUGCGGGAGAUAAAUUGUAUAAACUUGGACCACUUAUUAAGCACUGCAACAAAGUAUUUGCUUCAUAUUAUCACGGAACUAGAGAACUUAGUAUUGAUGAAUCAAUGAUUAUUUUUAAAGGUCGCAAUAGUAUGAAACAAUAUAAUCCUCUAAAACUCAUAAAACGUGGCUACAAAUCGUUUGGUUUGGGUGAGCGUGUUGUUCUACAUUUAACAAAAGAUGAGUGUAAUAAAAAUAUAAAAACAUUUUUUGACAACUAUUUUACUUCAUUACCAUUGAUAGAAAAAUUAAAAGCUGAAAAUUCAUUGGCAUGUGGAACCAUCCGGUCAAAUCGCAAAGAUGUUCCGGUUUUGGAUGAAGACUCGAAAGCGCCUAGAGGUUCAUCGGAUUAUCGAAUAACUAACAGUGGUAUUUACAAAUGGAAAGAUACUAAAUAUGUCAUGUUGGCAUCAAACUAUCACGGUUCAGAAUUAACAACAGUUACUAGAAAGGAUAAAUUUGGUCGUAAAAAAGAUAUGCAAUGCCCACAAGUCGUACGUGAUUAUAAUUGUUAUAUGGGUGGUGUAGACCAUGCUGACCAACUUAGAAUGACUUACGGCGUUGAUAGAAAAUCAAAGAAGUGGUGGCACCGAAUUUUUUGGGGUUUGUUAGACAUUAUGUUCGCUAUUUCUUCGGUAUCGUUCUUAGCUGAGGUUGAGACCAACAAAGGAAUUGCAUAA